CCCCGGGACGGUGCCCUGGGUUUGUGCCGAGGCUGGACACCAAGGGCUGGGACCCGACUGCAGUGUCUGGGUCCAGGAGCCGUGCGCUGCGGAAGGUCGCGGCGGCCACCGCCUGAUUGCUUCCGGAUCGAAGGCGCUGGCAGGGCAACAGCGGGCUUGACCAGGCGGCGAGCGAACGCCGCCUUUAUUGGCCACUGGCCCGGAGGGUGAGGGGAGGGCUGCUGCACCUUCCCCUUCUGCUCGCAAAGAUGGGAACAACCGGCGGGGCCUUCGCUCGUCGCUGAGGCGGACGGGGGUUCAAGUGCGCCGCCCGUUGAUUGACGAGGAGGGUAAAUGCCCGGGAUUUUGAGGGCGGCGGUGGACGCUGGUUGUGAGGAGGGGGUGGUUCCCGGGAGCCAUGGGAAAGCCCAGUGUGUGUGUAUGUGCGCGAAGGACACGACGUGACCUGACAGCGAGGAACCUCCGGGAUAUCCGUCACUCCGAGUUGUUUUGAUGGUGUUUGGUCGGUACCUGGCGGACUCUCCGCCAUCUCUGUCUCUCUCUGACCUUCUCUUGGAUGAGGCUGAACAUGCCACGUCGGAAACAGGUUAAUCCCAAACCUUUGAGAGAAGAUGCCUGGCAGUAACUGAAAGUUGGGAAAGGGGAGAUCUGGAACUGCAUGUCAUUGAUGAGACAAAUCUUUGUGGAAGGAUUUCUUGAAGACAAAAUUCAAGAAGCACAAAAAGAAUUGCAGGUUCCUGAAAGUGUUCAAAAAAGUUUGCAAGUCGCUGAAGGCACAAAAAAAGUAGAAUCCCAAGAGUCCAGACGAAAAGGAAAAACAAAUACAGCUAAAGGUGUAAAGCGGAAGAAAGUUGUGGCCGAAAACGUGACAAAGAAAAUCCCCAAAUCACCUGUGAAAACUCUGUUAAAGUUAAGUAACGAUGGACAAAGUGCAGAGGCAGCCAUUUCUGUCGAUGGUGUUCCAACUGCUGCUUCACCAUUAAAAAAGGAACCCUUGCUUGACCAAAAUGGAGGACUGGAGAGAGAAGGAGAAAUUGGGCAAGAAUAUUCAGAGGACCUAAACUUCGUUGGUGAGACAACUGAAGCCAGAGCUGGCAAAUCACUGCAGAAAAAGAUUGUGGGAUCACAGCAUUCAGUUGAGUCGUGCAACAGGUCCCCAAAUUGGAGUGCUCACCAACUAGAAACUGAUGCAACAUUGAAAUUGCUAGUUGCAGAGAAGUCUCCCUCACUAUCCUACGAGCACCCACAGCAUCCAAUUCAACGUCUGUCUUUACUGCGUAAACAUUGGAUCAUUAAGGCCGAGAGUAAAAGUUGCAGUACAAAUGGGAGCACUCCUUAUGCAAGUUCUGCUUUUGAUGUCUUAUUGAAAGCUAUGGAGCCGGAACUGAAAACUUUGUCAAAGGUAAAAUUUUCUUCAGCUGACUCGGAGUCAAGAAAAUCAGAUGUCAGUGUUGUAUCCCAGGAAGUGUCAAGUGGAAUAUCAACAGUUACUGCCCAAAGUCUAGGUCAACCUUCUGUAUGUAAAUCUGAAUUUGCCACAGAUCCACAGUACUAUUCAAAUGUUGCUCAAAUUGUGCCCAAAUCAGGGAAUAGACAGCAAGGACAAGGUCAGCCUACAUCUCAUUUACACUACCAGCAAACUCAACACAUUUUGCAUGCUAAACAAGAUGAACAUCAUGCCUUAUCUCAGAGGUUUAAUGGAUCACCAACACACCAGCAGAAUCAAGGAAAACACCAUUUCCAACCAACAUACAAUUUAACCAUGACUUCUUUAGGGCAGUCUCAGACCACUGUCAUGCCAUAUAAGCUGCAUCAAGGUCAGCUUCUGGUCAAUUCAAACCAGUCAAUGGCAGCUAAUCCACCUAAUUGUGAUCAAAUGGGAUCUGGUUACAAGCAGCUCCAAAUGCCGUCAGUUGUCAACUCUGGGAUGGACCAAGCGUCCAAUAUUUCGCUUAAGGAGCAGAAGCCUAAAAAGCAGGGGAAGUAUAUUUGCGAGUACUGUAACCGAGCAUGUGCAAAACCAAGCGUUCUCCAAAAGCAUAUUCGAUCACAUACUGGGGAACGGCCCUAUCCUUGUGUUACAUGUGGAUUUUCAUUUAAGACCAAAAGUAACUUGUAUAAGCACAAAAAGUCCCACGCUCAUGCUAUCAAACUUGGUCUUGUUCUGAGAUCAGAGAGCAGCAGUACAUCAGUAUCUCAGGAAUCUGACCGAGGGCUAAGUAUUCAGUCAGAUGUAGAGGAAAGCGGUGAAAGUGAGGCUGAUUCGACAUCGGAGGAAAAAUAUUUUGAUCAAAAGCACUUUGAACAGGAAGCUGCACAAGGAGCUGGCAAUGUGUCCUAUUCUGAAGCAGCUACAACCUUCCCCAGGAGUCUCUCGUCAUCCAACAAGUCAGUAAAUAAAGUCUCUGGUUAUGACACUUAUGAGUCUAUGAGCAUGCAUGAGGGCGCUGAGCCAAAAGUUACAGCUGCUUUGCCAAAAGUGGUGGUUUACCCAGUGAAUGUCUCUCCUGUAAGGGCUGAUAGUCCACAGGUAACAGGUGCAGCUCCAGAACCAGUCAAUCCACAGCAGCAGACAAAUCCACAGGCUGCUAAAAUGGAGUCAACUUCAACUUGGAUGGCUUGGAUGAAGCAAGACACCGGAUGCAAGCAGCAGCUGGAAAUGAGCCCACAAGAGGAAGAAAAGGCUCAGUCAGUGACUUCGCAUGCACAGCUCCAAAGACAGCAAGCCACUGAACAAGGGAAGCAUCAUUUGAGCCCACGAAGUUUAGGGAGCACAGAUUCCGGGUAUUUCUCCCGUUCUGAAAGUGCGGAUCAACAGAUGAGUCCACUCAGUCCCUUCGUUAAGUCAUUGCCCACUACUGAAGUUGAUGCAAACAAGGGCAGUUUUCCUUGUCCUCACAGCAAUCAAAUUAUGGCCACUGUUUUGCAGAUGAAUUCGGUUUCAGUCGAAAAGCAGUCCAAAUCAAUAGCUCCUGUUCGUGCCCAGAUUGCAACCAAAACGCUCGAAGAACGCAUUUCCAAGUUGAUAUCGGACAAUGAAGCAGUAGUGGAUGAUAAGCAGCUGGAUAGUGUAAAACCACGAAGAACAUCCCUUUCUAGGAGAGGAAGCAUAGACUCACCGAAACCAUACACAUUUAAAGAUUCAUUCCAGUUUGAUCUACGGCCUCUUCAUUCUGGAAGGAGAACAAGCUCCAGUUCUGAUAUCCCCAAGUCCCCCUUUACACCUACUGACAAGUCAAAGCAAGUGUUUCUUCUGUCAGUUCCUCCUCCAUUCCCUUCUCUUGAUUGUUUGCCGAUUACUAGAAGUAAUUCGAUGCCUGCUACUCCAGCAAAUUCUGCCAUACCUACAAAUACAACGCCAGCUGCGCACCCACUAAGAGGGAGUCAGUCAUUUGAUGAGAAAAUUGGUGGUUCAUUUAGCGAUGACGUCUUUAUACCUGGACCACAGACACCGAUCCAACUUGCCCAUCCCCGAACCCUUGUCAGACAGACUGCAGUAGAGGACUCAUCAGCCAGUGAGGGGCAGAGUUUUGCUUCCACACGUUCUAUGGAUGAGGGUUUCCAGAGGAGCGGCAUGGCUGCAGGGGUUUUGAUGCCAAGAAGCAAAUCAUUUGAGCACAGCUUGCGUACGCAAGAAAAAGUGAAGAAGUCACAAGGUCGGGGGUCCAUGUAUGAAUGUGAAACGUGCAGAAAUAGAUAUAGGAAGCUGGAGAACUUUGAAAACCACAAGAAGUUCUACUGUUCAGAGCUUCAUGGGCCAAAGGUCAAACCAAUAGUCACAAAAGAUUCUGAACACGAAGCAAUAUCACGCAGCAUGUCACCACAGUUGUUACAUUAUAGGAUCAUAGGAGCAGCAGGUGUGCUCCAGCAACCACCUAAGAUGAGGAAAAGGAGGAAAAUUAAAAGUAUUGGUGAUGAUGACGAGCUUUUACCUGGUAUAAGUACUGGGACAAACACCACAAAUAAAGAAUCUGUAUCAGAUCAUUUAAGUGCUACAUCUCAUUGGAACAAUUUAGGUGGCAGCAGCCAACCCGCGAGUGUUAGUGUGAAAAGUCUACCCGGGGAGCACCUUCAAUCUGGCAGCAAGGAACAUUCCCUGGAGGAUCCAGUGUCUUUUAGCAAUGAAAUCCAAACUAAACCAUUACCCUCACCAUCGCAAGAACGAGAGUUAAGUAGGACCAGCAGUGGCGUGUCUGUAAUCCAACACACAAAUUCGUUGAGCAGGCCCAGUUCAUUUGAACAGUCUGAAUCGGUAGAUAGAAGUUCUCCUGCUCCUGUGCAAGAAAAAGAAACCCAUAAUGAAGCUAUGCAGCUUUCUAUAUUUAUAAGUGGUAAAGAAGAUGCUUGCAGCCAAUCCUCUUCCCAACAGCAACCCAAUCCUGGCAUAUUGAGGGCAGCAACGUGUGAACUUUCGAGAUCUUCAUCCGCUGAUUGUACUCCGCUGCAGCAGCUAAGACUGGUGCGCCAACAUAACAUCCAGGUUCCAGAGAUUUUGGUCACAGAGGAACCAGACCAGGAGCAGGACGUGCAAGGAAAUGAGCAGGCAGAGAAAUUUCAUUGGCCUCAGAGGAGUGAGACACUCUCAAACCUACCAACAGAGAAGCUACCACCAAAAAAGAAGCGAAUCCGCUUGGCUGAGAUGGAGCAUUCGUCUGGUGAAUCCAGCUUUGAUUCAACGCUUUCAAGGAGUUUCAGUCAGGAGAGCAACCUGUCUUGUUCCAGUCUCUCAGCCUCUUUUGAUAGGGAGGAUGUUCCAAGGACUGAAAGUCCUUCCAAGCUGGAAGCACUUAUUAAAUCAUCUGAAUUGGCUCUGGUUAGUCGUUCAAAUACACUUGGUGUUCCCAAUCCACAUUACAGAGAAAUGAGGCGUGCUGCAUCUGAACAGACUACUAGUGUGCCACCACCUACAGAGGUUGCUGCAGGAAUUCGUAGCAAGUCAUUUGAUUGUAGUAUCAUAUCCACAUCAAUAUCUACACCACCAGAAGUUUCAAUGGAAAUGAUUUCAACAGUGGCUUCUGAAUUAAUAGCUUCUGGCUCUGUCUCACUUAUUGAAAGGAGAAGAGGUCCUCUUAUACGACAGAUGUCUUUGAGUAUUGGCCCAGAUAUUCCUCAACCUCAGGUUUUGCCUUCCAGUUUAUUCCAGCAAAAUCUAACUCUGCAGGUAGCUGCCCUGCCACAACUCAAAAGAUCCUUAUCGAAUAGGUUAUCUCCUGUGUCCUUCUUAACUUCACAGCAUCAGUUGUCAUGUGUGACACAACUUCGACACAUAGUUCACCGUGAGCCACAGUCUUCAAUACAAGAAGUAAACUUAAACAACCAAAUCCAAAUUAAACAACCCUUAGUUCAAACAUCUCUUGCUCAGAAAUCUGAGACAUGUUCAGUUACACAAGGAAACCUAAAGGUACUGCCUGCAAAAAUAGCAGCAGAUCAACAGAAAUUAUGUCCAAUUAUAUCUCUUCCUCCUGCAACUGAAGAAAAUAUAUAUGCUCCUAAAUACCAGCUUCAAAUUGUUCAAAAACAAUCCUGCCAGCCAUGUAUACUUCCUAACAUUACAUCCCACCUGCCAGUCAUUCCCCUGUCUAUUCCUUUCACUCUAGGAUCAACUGGGGUAACUUCGAAUAUUUCAAACGAGUCACUGGAGAUUAUCUCAAACUUGUACUUGGUCCCUCCGGUCCCACAUAUCCACCCUGGCCAGGUAUCCAACCAACUACAGCCUGGAGCUUCUCUGGUCAUCCAGAGUGGGAAACCCACUUAUAACACUGCUAUCCAUACAACAUUGCCUCAGAUUCUGGUCACACAAGAUCAAACAAACCAGCAAGCUCUGGUGAUUUGUAAAUUUGAUGAUCCAAUAAAUUCAAACACUGCCGAGGAAAUACCUUCAGGAUCAAAGGAUUAUCUGGAAGCCCGAAAAAAUAAAACUAAGAUGUCUGCUGUUUCUGAAAAUUCUCAUGCCCAUAAUGAGAGCAGAACUGCCCUUGUAGCGAGUGGAUCAAAAAUGCCACCCGACUGUCUACUUGCACAAGAACCUACUGGUACUAGUAAACGCAUGCUAUCACCGGCAAAUAGUUUAGAUAUUGCAAUGGAGAAACAUCAGAAACGGGUUAAGGAUGAAAGUGGAUCUGCAAGUUCUGGUAAAGUGACACCAGUGGUGUUACAAAGCACCAAAUCUGCUGAAAUGACUAAGCUAAAGAAGCCCAUGUUAGUGAGACAGCACUGCACAACCGAUCAGGUGGAGGGCACACUGCCUGUUGAGCAAGAAGGUACUUUGAAAAAUAACUCUCAAAUCUUAGACCUUAACAGCUCACCAACAAAGCCGGUUCUUUCAAGAGAAGCUCUAGAAUAUGAAGGUUCUUCCUCUUCUUCAGGGACUGUUAUUCAAAAAUCACCUAUAAUCAUAUUCUCUGGUUCCCCACAACCAAAUACUACUCUGUUGAAGUCACUCACUAAUGCUCAGGGUGAUAUAUCUGCAUCAAGUAAUGACCAAAUACAACCAGCAAGCAAUCAAGCCCAAAUAAAAGUGAGAGCUUCCUUUCCAAUCACAAGUACACGAGAUGUACAAUGUGCAACACUUCCAACUCUGAAGACUUCAACAAGUUUUAGUUGGUGUUAUCUGAAAAAUUGCAAGCCCCUACAUACCCAGCAAGUAGAGAAAAAUUUCUCUGCAUAUUCAACUUGGCACGUCAGCCCUCACAAUCCCAAUCCACUGGGUUUACCAACUAAAGUCGUACUUGGUCUUCUCAAUCCAAAGCAGAAGAUAAAAAAAAUGAUGUACACACAAGCGAAAAGCACACUGCUUCAUUCUGGCAUAUUGGUAUCUUCAAGCAAGUGGAAAGCUGAUAAGUCCAAGACACUCACCAACCGAACACUUGCAAUUAGCGAACGCAACAGCAAAGACAAGUACGAAAACCAAGUCAGUGAUCCUGACAAGGAGCAUGGCGCCAAUGAACCCAGGCGAAUUAAGAUCUUCGAUGGGGGAUUUAAAUCAAAUGAAGAGUAUGUGUAUGUUCGGGGCCGAGGGAGGGGAAAGUACAUUUGUGAGGAAUGUGGGAUACGUUGCAAGAAGCCCAGCAUGUUGAGAAAGCACAUCCGCACUCAUACUGACCUUCGUCCUUAUCACUGCAACUACUGCAACUUCUCCUUUAAAACUAAAGGAAACCUGACCAAACACAUGAAAUCCAAGGCUCAUAGCAAGAAGUGCAUGGAAAUAGGAGUGGCAGCUGGUCCAUUUGAGGAUCAAGAUACCGAUGAGUCAGGUGAUAAAGCAAGAGGUGGAAAUGAGUGCCUCUACUCUGAUGCUGAAGACUCUGAUGGUCAGGAUGAGGAAGAUUAUGAAAUCGAUGAUGAUGAUGAAGACAGUCAAGGGGAAGCAGGGCUGUCAGCCACUCCCUCAGUAGCAGCCAGCCCUCAGCACAACGUACAGAGAAAUGACCAGCUUGGCACACUGAAUGCUGCCUCUGCCUCUCUAAUUGCCAAUGUGGUAAGGACAGCAGAGGACUGUCUUGGACAGACCAAUAAUGUUGAAGGACUGGCUAGUGUUUGGCUUCCACGAAAUGCUAGAGACACUGAAACCAACCCAGUAAAGUCUAAGUUCUCUCCGGUCCAUUGGCGUGUAACUGAAGAGGAGAAAACCACACCCUGUGCAGCUGGAGGAGCACUGUCUAAGGCUGGGCCAAGGUCUGCUGCUCACCAAGUAACAGCUGACAACCGGCAUCUGCAAGAAACUCUUGGAAGGAAAACCACAGAUGAUUCAAAGAUUCCUUUGUCGAUCAGCCUUCCCACACAGAUGUCCCAGGAAAGGCAAUUUGCAUCCUAUUCUCCCAUUAGUAGUCCAUACAAGUUAGACAGUCAGCAACAGCUGGAGCAUCAAGGAGUGCUGGGUGAAGAGUAUCCAUUACAUCUAUUCAGCCACUUGCCCCUUCAUUCUCAGCAACAGGUUAAGACUCCAUACAGCAUGGUCCCUGUGGGUGGCAUCCAGUUGGUUCCCGCUGGUUUGCCUGCGUACUCCACAUUUGUACCAAUCCAGGCAGGACCAGUGCAACUCACCAUCCCAGCUGUUAGUGUUAUUCACCAGACAUCUGUCAGUCAAGAUGGUGCUGAUGCAUCUGGCAAUGCAAAGUCAUUGAGGGUAUCAGAGGCAGAUAAGCUUUUGCCAUCUAUUCCCUUCGGACAAGUAAACUCAACUGGCAUGCAGAGUACAAGCACUUCAGAUUUCCAAGUGGUUAACACUUUGGGUGUAGAGACAUUAAACCCUUUGGAUUUGGUGAAUUUGAGUACAGGUCCACAGUUACUCCCUCCAAGCCUUUCAUUUAACACAGUUGACCUUCAAGUGUUAACCACAAACCCACAGACUCAGAGCACACCAGGACUAAAAUCCCAUGUUCCAGGGGUGCAAAUAAUGAACAUUGCACUGCCUGCACUUGUACCAUCCGUCAACAUGGGGAUAGAAGGUCAAACAAACAUCAAGAAGCACUCUACAAGGAAGGAUUUUCCAACCAGCACCAAACAAACACCAGUUAGCCUUCCGGUUGAAGUUUCUGUUCAUCAGAUGGCCUGCACACAAUUCUCUCAGGUUUCUCCUCAAAUCCAGGCUUGUAGCCUAAAGUUCUUGUCAGAUCCUAUGGGCUGGAAACAUGGACAACCAAAUAACACUGGCAAAGCACAAGAAUGUGCUCAUAAAACCAUGCAUCUCAAGGCACACAAUAACAAAUCAACUACUGUAGCCUUGGUAAACUCUGACUUGGGACACUCAAAGGGAAGCUCUGAAGAGGUGACCAAGUCUCCAGUUCAUCAGACUGCUACUCCAGAAAAAGUAACAGGGAAGCCGGUGGGAACUGCACGAGAUACUGUACAGUACAGUGACGUCAGCAGUGAUGAUGAAGACAGAUUAGUGAUAGCAACAUAAACUUUUUUGCAGAACCUUUUUUGUGCAGAUAUCACAUCCGUUUUUUUUAUGGAAAAGAUGAACAUACUUCCUGGUUUCUUACUACGAAAGCUCUCUUCACCCAAAAGCACACUUUUUGAUGUAGAUAUGAUGUUUGUGCAAUUGUAAACUAAGACCAACUUAGGAGAAAGACGUCUUUUUUUGUUCCUUGUCCAGUCCAGCCAUUUUUGUAUAUGUUGUAUAAACAAUUGUGCCUUUCAGAUUUCUUGUUUGGAACUGUACAGAUGAUAAAAUAUACAACAAAGUAGUUGCUUGUGCUUAAUUCUUUUUUAAUUUUACAAUGUGUGGUGUUAUAGUAAGGAAAUUAACUACAUGUUGCACUGAUAAUGUAAAUUUCUAUGGCUAUGGGGCAGUCUUUCUGUGUACAGGCAAGAAUUGUAUACCAGCUCAUAUUUAUUGUAUGCAUUUUUUGAUCCAUGAUCAGUUCUUUCUUUCUUGCUGAGAGUUGUUUUAUCUUCAAGCAAAUUAUCUCUCCAA